AUGCAAAGUAGAAUGAGACCGCACGAAGUAAAAUGUAACAGAGCACUAGUCGGACGUCGUGGAGUAAAACAACAUUGCAGAGGACAAGGAGAGGUAACACCCAAUAAAAGAGGACAAGGAGAGGUAACAUCCAAUAAAAGAGGACAAGGAGAGAUGCCACAACGCGUGAGAAGUGCGUCCAACCAAAACAAAACGCAAAUCAAGGAAGAAGCUUCCACAUCGUCUCUUCUUGAUGAGAAUUCUGGCGAUGAUGAUCUAAAUGUGGCCGAAGUUGUGCUAUCAAACAAAGGUGGUCCAAAAUUGAUACACCGGGGUUACAUGUACACGCUGCACAAGAAGCAACCAUAUAACAUUCGAUGGAGAUGCGUCGGUAGAACAAUGCACUGCAGAGGUAGUCUUAUCACUACCACGAGUUGCACAAAACCGAGGGUGCGUAUGGAACACAAUCAUAAGCCAGAUUUCGCAGCCGCUCAGGUUGCCAGGAAGCGUUACUUGGCUCUUGGCAAACCCUGCGUGUUAACAAAUGUAGAAGGGAAUAGUACUGUGAAGUCCGAGAAUGUGCCGCAACGAGUAUUUCACAAAGAGAAUGAUAUACUAGAGGAGCAAACAGAUAGGAAACCGAAAACCCGGACAACAGCUAGAAAAGUAUUACAAACACCUUCUCAGGCCAAUACAACUGGAAAGGCUAUAAGAAUAGCAGCACAAUCAUUGGUAAGAUCUCAUAUUAGAAACAUUGCACCAGCACCUAUAUCACAGCAACAGCAGCAGCAACAGCAGCAACGACAACCAAAGACUCUUGUGUUAAAAACAAUACCUCUGAAAGUAAAACAGGUUGCACCCACAACGAUUAAAAUGCCACCACGGCAGACCAAUCAAGGAAUACCUCAUAGUAUUGUACAUCAACAGCCUACAGAGGUUUGUUUAAGAUGGAACAGUUAUCACAGUAACAUGCAGAAUAGUUUCCCAUCCUUGUUGGAUUCCGAACAAUUCGUCGAUGUUACCUUGGCCUGCGAGGGCCGUUCGUUGAAGUGUCACAAAAUGAUACUAUCGUCGUGCAGUGAUUAUCUCGCGGAUCUGUUACGCGAGAACCCGUGUCAGCAUCCGAUUAUUUUAAUGAAAGAUCUUAAAUUUUGGGAAGUGGAAGCGCUAGUCAAAUUUAUGUACCGUGGCGAGGUAAACGUUGCCCACGAUAAGCUACCGCAACUGUUAAACGCAGCAGAGGCGUUACAAGUAAAAGGAUUAGCUGGACCAAAUCCUUCAUCUCAGAAUCCAAAGCCACCUCUACUUAUUCCUCAAUCAAAGCCAGUAGUAUCACAACCAGUUCCUCGAGCCGCUUCAGAGACCAAAGAGAAAGCUUCCUCUUCCGGAGUUUCUAUGCCUUCUAGUCCGAAACGUGCACAAAAACGGCAACACUCAGAACCUAUCGAGCCGAAACCCUUUACGAAGAUACGCUUACAACGACCUGUUACGCCUACGUCACCGACUGCUAUAGUUAAGAUGGAACCUUUAGAUAUACCUCUUAGCCCUACGGAGAUAUUUCCCGAGAAUAACGAGGAUAGUUCAACACCGUCGAACUUUGACAAGCUUAUGAGUUUACACGAAGAGGAUGAUCCGGGUGGCAAUGAGACCACCGAUGGCGAAAGGGAAAUUCAUUUCUGCGAGAUACCUGAACCACCUGAUAUAAACGAUAGCGAAGAUCAAAUGGAAUUUGUACCUACGGACUUUCUAGAACAGGAACAGGACAUAGUCGAAGAAACGGAAAUCGUCUCAAACAAGGACAGUAAAGAAGAAUCCAGGGAUUUUAGUUCUGUCGAACUUGACGACGGUGAAGGAAGUGGAGUCGAAAAGGAACAAUGCUCAAAAGAAAAGAAGCCGGUUUAG